AUGGAGUCGGCUAAAAGUGAUUCUUUGGACAUGACGGCUGCGAUCAUACCUCUGCCUGCAUACCACCAUAAUGCCAAGAAUUGGUUCUUGCAGGUGGAAUCCAUCUUUUCAAUGCUACAAAUUACUUCACAGCGAGCCAGAUUCGCGAAUGUAAUGCAGAAACUCCCAUCCGAUAUGAUGGACGAAAUUUCUGACGUCCUCUCCGAUUUGCGCGAGCAUGAACCGUACGAUCACUUAAAGGAAGCAAUUCUCAAGCGAACCGGACGUUCCGAGGAAGAUAUGAUUCAGGAGAUACUGCGGAACGUCACUAGAGGCGACAAAACGCCAUCCCAGCUUCUCAGAUAUAUGAGGAACCAGCUGGGAAAGCACAACGUAUCAGAGAAGGUUCUUCGAGCGAAGCACGAACGCUACGAGCCUAGUAAAACGGAACGGGCGUUGGCCGACCUUCAACGGCAAAUUCGGGAGCUCCAGAUCUCCCUGCGCCCGCGGACGAGGACAUCGACCCCAUCUCGACGGAGACGAACCCCAGCCAAGAACGGCGAAGCGACCAGGGUGUUUGUUGGUUUCAUCGCACAUUCGGCGAUGAGGCCAGGAAUUGUAAACCUCCUGUACACACCCGUCGGCCCGGGGAAACGAAUAAACCGGAGAGUCGCGACGACUAACUCUUCCGGUGCCAACACGCAAUGUCGUCUAUUUUACGUUUGGGAUCGACGGAACAAGUUGAAAUUCCUGGUGGACACAGGUGCGGCCAUCAGCGUGGUACCCCUUCAGAACGACCACACCGCUAAGCCCACCCUGAUCAAACUACGAGCAGCGAAUGGUUCCGCAAUAGACACAUACGGAGAAAGGACCCUUACUCUGAAUAUCGGCAUGCGACGCGAUUUCACUUGGACAUUUACCGUGGCCAACGUGAAGGUACCCAUCCUCGGCGCGGAUUUCCUGGCGCAUUACGCACUGGCGGUCCAUAUGAACCCUAGGACUCUGUCCGAUACGACGACGAAUCUCCGUGUCUUAGGUACCCCUACACGUCAAGGCUCCACAGGAAUCAGCGUCGCAACAUGCCAUGGUCGCGAGUACUUAGAUCUCCUGACGCAGUUCACGGAUAUAACGCUGCCACUCCAAGUAACGGCUUCAGGUGACCAUCAGACUCAGCACCACAUCAGAACCCGAGGUCCUCCCGCACACUCCCAUCCGCGACGACUCGCUCCGCACAAACUGGCGUACGCCAAGGAGCAAUUCGACAAAAUGCUCAGUGAUGGCAUCAUUCGUCCUUCCGAUAGCCCUUAUGCCUCGCCACUACACUUAGUGCCUAAAUCUGGUGGUGAAGAAUUUCGGAUAUGCGUCGACUACCGGAAAUUAAAUGCAUCGACCGUACCAGACCGAUAUCCUACGUUUUCAAAACCAACAUCUCCUUUCGUCGAGGAACUCCGCCACAAAAUGGCCCGGCUUAAAUAUGCAACUCCGCGACAGCAACCGGUGAAUUCGUACAUCCCUCAACACUUGCGAGAUUGCAAAUUCGUUUUCGUACGGAACGACGCCGUGAGACGACCACUCACGCCGGCAUACCAAGGUCCUUUUCAGGUUCUUCGACGCACCGACAAGCACCUUACGAUCAAGCGCGCCAACUCGACCGACACCAUCGCAAUCGAUCGGACCAAGCCUGCUUUUCUGGAGAAGCGACAGUAUGACGCAAACCCGGCUCCGCGGCCCCUAAUGCUAUUCCAGCGCACCCAACAGACGCAGCAGACGCAGCACCGCAGACAUCAAACGACACCCCAGCGACUCCUGUGCGGCAGACACGAUCCGGGGAAGGGCCUUGUCGCGGUCGCCGAUUAUCCGCUCCUUAGAAAACCGACCUUGACCUUCACAACUCCCGAUCUCGCAGAUCUAGGUCAAGCAACAUGCGAGAAACCGGACGGCUAG